GUCAUGGUGCGCUCCCUGAACUCCAUCGUGGCCGUGUGCCAGAACAUGGGCAUCGGGAAGGACGGCAACCUGCCCUGGCCGCCGCUGAGGAAUGAGUACAAGUACUUCCAGAGAAUGACUAGCACAUGCCAAGUGGAAGGUAAACAGAAUGCCUUGAUAAUGGGUAAAAAAACCUGGUUCUCCAUUCCUGAGAAGAAUCGUCCUCUGAAAGACAGAAUUAAUAUAGUGCUCAGCAGGGAGCUCAAGGAAACCCCUAAAGGAGCACAUUAUCUUUCAAAAAAUCUGGAUGAUGCUUUAGCUCUUUUGGAUUCACCAGAGUUAAAAAGUAAAGUAGACAUGGUCUGGAUCAUUGGAGGCACUUCAGUUUACAAGGUUGUGAAGGACAGUGCUCUCUGGGGUGGUGGGAGUACUGACAUAAGCUGUCUCAAAUACUGUGAAGAACAGAGAAAGGUGAACUUGGAACAAGGUGGCCAUACAAGUGCUUAUGUCUGUCAUGUUCAUCCUGUGUUCAGCAGCUUACUCUGGGAGACUGUCUCUUGUGGGCCUUGACCUAUGCAACAGGAAAAGGCAGAAGAAGCAGCAAUGGAGAAGCCAAUUAAUCACCGACUGUUUGUGACAAGAAUUUUGCAGGAAUUUGAAAGUGACACAUUUUUUCCAGAAAUCAACUACAAAGACUACAAACUUCUGAUGGAGUA